AUGAUAAAGAACAUUCUAAACAAGCUUCCUCGCAAGCAGAGCAAGCUAGCAGAAAACCGGGAUGGUGGCCCCUCCAACUAUCUCGCCAAUGCUUCCAGAAGCACCCACCCCUCCAACUCCCGCCUGGCCAACCCGACACCGAACAAUGCCAGCAGGCUUCCCAACGACCACCCGCCGCAUGCAAAGGAAAAUGGGAACGGCUCAUACGACCCUCUUCCCAGCUUCCGGGAUGUACCAAACUCGGAGAAGCAGAACCUUUUCCUACAGAAGCUGAAUCUGUGCUGCACCGUGUUUGACUUCACAGACCCCACUGCGAAGCUGAAGGAAAAGGACAUCAAGCGGCAGACACUGGUUGAGCUUGCGGACUAUGUGGCCUCAGCCAAUGGGAAAUUCACGGAGACUGCUAUGCAGGAGAUUGUCCACAUGGUCUCUGUGAACCUAUUUCGCACGGCUUCGGCUCAGGCGCGUGAGACCCGGGCCUCCGAGGCCUUUGACCUGGAGGAGGAGGAGCCGCUGAUGGACCCUGCGUGGGCACACCUGCAGGUCGUGUACGAGCUCCUCCUCCGGUUUGUGGCCUCCCCUGAGACGGAUGCCAAGCUGGCGAAGCGGUAUGUGGACCACUCUUUCGUGAUCCGGCUGCUCGACCUUUUCGAUUCAGAGGACCCCAGGGAGCGGGACUACCUCAAGACCGUUCUCCACCGCAUAUAUGGGAAGUUCAUGGUCCACCGUCCCUAUAUAAGGAAAGCCAUCAACAACAUCUUCUACCGGUUCAUAUUCGAGACCGAAAAGCACAAUGGCAUAGCUGAGCUCUUGGAGAUCCUGGGGAGUAUCAUCAAUGGAUUUGCGCUGCCCCUGAAGGAGGAGCACAAGCUUUUUCUCGUGCGGGCUCUUAUUCCACUGCACAAGCCCAAGUGCAUAUCGGCGUACCACCAGCAGCUCUCAUACUGCGUGACCCAGUUUGUGGAGAAGGACUGCAAGCUGGCCGACACCGUUAUCAGGGGGCUUCUUAAGUAUUGGCCGGUCACUAAUAGUUCGAAGGAGGUGAUGUUCUUGGGGGAGCUUGAGGAGGUGUUGGAGGCAACCCAGCCACCGGAGUUCCAGCGGUGCAUGGUGCCUUUGUUCCGGAGGAUCGCACGUUGUAUAAGCAGCUCGCAUUUUCAGGUGGCUGAAAGAGCCCUCUUCUUAUGGAACAACGAUCACAUAGAGAACCUCAUCAAACAAAACCGUAAGGUCAUACUCCCAAUCAUCUUCCCCUCACUGGAGAAAAACGCACGGACCCACUGGAAUCAGGCUGUCCAGAGUCUGACCCUUAAUGUCCGUAAGAUCUUUUCGGACUCGGACCCCGACCUAUUAGGUGAGUGCCUGCUCAAGUUCCAAGAAGAUGAGGCCCAAGAACAGGAAAUCACGACCAAACGAGAGGCCACCUGGAAACGCCUAGAAGAAAUAGCCACGGCCAAAGCCCAUAGCAAUGAGCCGGUUCUUGAGCCCCUGCGGCCAAACAUGAAAAUGCUGUCUGGGUGA